CGUAUCACGUAAUCGAUGUCUUCGCAGUGCGCGACCGUAGUCUCCGUUGCGCUGCGAUACAGGGACAUCACAGCUGCGCUGCCUCGAACAGCGUCACGAUCGCAGUCCGCACACUAGUGCACCGACACCAUAUCUGCGCUGCCUGGAACAGCGUCAGUACCCCUGCUUGCACAAAAUAGUGCACCGUUACCUGACUAACGCGAUGAACAGGCGACUCGCAGAGAUCCCGUAAAGACUGCACUGUGCCAUACAGUCAGCACCGCGUCUGAAAGUGACUGCUUCUCACCAGAGUGCCGAAGGACCACCACCUUGCGGUAAUUACCAACACGACUUCGACAAGAACCAACGCCUGAUACACCAAAUCCCAGCGAUACUCCACCUGACUCGCGAUAAUACAUAUAAGCUGGUCUGGCUGUCCAUAUAAAGGGGUGUGGAUUUCAUCACAAAAGUGAACAUUUUAUUUGCUAAGGGUUCAUGGGUCCCAAGGCUGACCCUGGAGCGGCUGAGCAUACCUCAGCUAUGGACGAAACCCCAUUACAAAUGGCGCCCGAGCAGGGACUUGAUUUUGUGAGUGACAGUGAAAAACAUGAAACGGUCACCAACGCUCAUGAAUCAGGUUCGCCACACCCCCUACACAAUCCUAAGCAUUGCAGUACAUAAGAGCAUAAGGCCCUAGCGCUUGAGACAGACACGACCAGUUGGAUUUAUUGGCUAACGAAGGAACGAUUAGUCACCGAGUGCAGACGACACCACAUCGCUGUCGAAGGCGUACCGUAGCAGAUCUCCGCAGCGAGCUGAGCGCCUGCAUCCGUGCAAAGCGCCACAAUAAAUCCACGGAGGACCUAGUGAAAGCGUUGGAAAGGGAAAUGCAAGAUGAAGGUAAUGCCACCAUACUUGUUCCAACCACCACGGCAAGAAUUCCGAGUAACGCAACAGCAACACGUUAUGUCAUCACAUCGGCUGCAAAAUUGCCAGAUUUGGAGGUUAUAAACACCGUGCGGCGAUGGAACAUACGCUACAGCGGUCGCGAAAAUUUACACGACUUUCUGGAGCGAUGCGAAGAACUAGCCGAAUGCUACUCUAUAGCAAAUAACGAGCUUCUUGCUACUAUGCCGGAAAUUUUGCAAGAUAAAGCGCUGCAAUGGUUUCGUAUAAAACGCAAUGUCAUAACCACGUGAGUUGACUUUCGUUACGAGGCUGAACGUUUUUUCUUACCGAAACGACACCUCGCACAUCUGGAAGAAACCAUCCAUCAGCGCAAGCAACUACCCAGAGAGAAAGCAAAGGAUUAUGUGUUGGCCAUCCAAACGCUUAUUCGCCAACACCCGAAACUUCGCGAUGAAGAUCACACCGAGCGUAUAUAUGACGGCCUAAGGGUGGAAUAUCGCCUAUACGUCCGACGAAGCGACUUCCACAGCGUAGACGAACUACUCGAGUUAGCCGAGGAAUUUGAAUUGUUAAGAAGCGAGGAGGCCAGGCAAGCAAAAAACACCAAUCACUGUUUGACGGCGGUAAGUACCAAGUAUUGCCGCGAGAAAGUUUGUGUGCGAUGUAAGCAGCUGGGACACCAAAGGCACCAAUGUCGCAACCGGCAGCGAGUAUUUUGCUCUCGCUGUGGACGCGACGGAAUUAUGCCUCGAGACUGCAAUUGCCUUAUACGGGCAACAGUGCGAGCUACUCCGUCCAAACCCAGUACAACAGCACUCAUAGCAACGAUUCCGUAUCCAGAGGGGAAACAAGGUGGCCGCUACUAUCUGCCCGUUACUGUCGCAGGCAUGCAGAUAGAAGCUCUGGUGGACACUGGAGCCACGCUUACAUAUAUCGGUAAGGAACUUCAACGACAUCUGGUUAGGCACAAAAUUAAAGCCAGACACCAGACCCGUCGAAUUCAACUAGCUAACCAGACAUACAUACCUAGCACGGAUAUGUAUCCUGUUACUAUAGAGCUGGGUAACAAGUCCACGCACCUACUUGUAUCAGCUCUACCGACGCUUUCGGAACAUGUCAUCUUAGGCAUGGAUUUCUUAAGAGAGCGAGGCCUGACUAUCACCAUUGAUGGACAACCCCUAACGGCUACACGCCUAAGCACACAGGCACCCACCGACCACUUUGCUAUGCCAACCUAAAGGCAGCAUCUUGCAGAAAAGGAGAAUCAUCUAUUGAACGCUCUUCUCACGGAAAACGCAGCAGCGUUCUCGACGAUCACCGGCCCCAGUACAGCCACCGAACACAUAAUCCGCCUCAAACACGACCGUCCACUAAAGCAGAGAUAUUAUCCACGCAACCCAGCGAUGCAAGAAGUAAUCAAUCAAGAGGUGAACGAAUUGAUUACURCAGGCCRCAUCGAAGCCUCUAACAGCGCCUAUAGCUCGCCCAUUGUCCUAGUGCGAAAGAAACAAGGAAUAGAUUACCGGCAACUUAAUACAGCAAGCAUACCAGACGCAUACCCACUUCCCCAAAUAAACGCAAUCCUAGACCAACUCAAGGAAGCUCGGUUCAUUUCGACCAUCGACUUGAAAAAUGGCUACUGGCAAAUUCCGCUCAUGCCAGUAUACCGCAUUUACCAUACCGGGGAGAGGUCUAUUCGAGUAAUGCCUUUUGGGCUGCAUUCGGCGCCGGCAACAUUUCAGCGAGCUCUAGACACCGUUCUGGGACCAGAACUACAGCCGAAGGUCUUUGCCUAUCUGGACGACAUCAUUGUACUGGGAAACACUUUUGAGGAGCACUUAGAAAACUUGCAAACGGUGUUCACGCGCCUUCAACAAAACCAUAUGCAGAUCAACUUUGAAAGGUGUAAGUUCGUGCAGCAACGCCUCCAUUACUUGGGCCAUGUAGUCAGCACCGAGGGUAUUCACACAGACCCGGCUAAAGUCGCAGCCAUCAGCGACAUGACAGCACCUACCACCAUCAGAGAGUUACGCCGCUUCCUAGGAGCAGCCUCCUGCUACCGACGUUUCGUUGCAGACUUUGCCAAAAUAUCAGCACCCCUAAAUCGCUUAUUAAAAAGGACAAGCGUUGGACAUGGGGACAGAAGCAUUCCAGGUGUUAAAAGAAAGACUAACUAGUGCACCCAUCCUAGGUUGCCCCGACUUCGAGAGGCCCUUCUGUCUGCAGACUGACGCCAGCGGAGAAGGACUAGGCRUAGUGCUAUUUCAGCGUCAUUCUGACCAAGAACGGGUCGUAGCAUACGCCAGUCGCAGCUUGACAGAAUUGGAGAAGCGGGACUCUGCCACCGAACAGGAAUGCCUAGCCGUAAUGUGGGGCAUAAGGAAAAUGCGACCGUACCUGGAAGGCUAUCAUUUCACCGUAAUCACCGACCAUCAUUCACUUAAAUGGCUUCACACCCUGCAGAGCCCGUCCGGAAGACGCAAAGAUACCCUCAACGUAGUCGCCGAUGCGCUAUCCAGAUGCCCACGGAAAGUCCAAGAAGGCGAUGCGUAACUUCUGCAUGCCGUCCAUGAUCAACCGAUUACCAACUUAUCGAUGGCCGGCUCUUUCGGCACGUCGCCYCACGCAAUAAGCUGUCCAGGUCACCAUGCUGGAAACUAUGCGUACCAGAGCCCCGUCGACUYGAAGUCCURAGAGAAAAUCACGACGCUAGCACCGGCGGUCACAUGGGUGUACACAAAACACUCAAACGCACACAGGAAAGUUAUUAUUGGCCUGGGAUGCAUAGGGAUGCACUCAGAUAUGUGCGUCGAUGCCAACAAUGUGCCGAAUAUAAGGUAAACCAGCGCCGACCUGCUGGGAUGAUGGCCACCAUGCAAUGCUCACGACCGUGGGAAGUUGUAACGGCGGACUUUGUAGGUCCAGUGCCACGUUCAACCAAUGGCAACACAUGCUUGCUAGUGCUCACGGAUAAGUUCUCCAAGUAGGUGGAGCUCAUGCCAGUACGGAAUACAACCACCGCCAGUGUUAUAAAGGAGCUACGAGAGCGCGUGAUAUACCGGUUUGGUUGCCCUGACGUAUUUUUUACCGACAACGGGAAGCAAUUCACCGGCAAGCCGCUUACACAUUUCCUGAGAGCCACGGGAUCAAACAUUGUUUCACUGCCGUUUACGCUCCACACGAAAACCCAACCGAGCGCACAAAUAGAAUCGUGAAAGCCUUGAUUGCACAACGAGCAAAGGCCGAUCACCGAACCUGGGACCACCAACUAGCCGAAAUAGCUUUCGCAAUAAAUACAUCACAACACGACUCGACAAAAACAUCAGCAGCUGAGAUAAACUUCGGGUACAUACCGGCUACACCGAAACAAAUCCAUAAAGAAGAGAUGUGCCUGACGAAGGAGCCACCAACGUGCUGACACUCACCGAGCUUUGGCAAGAAAUUUCUCGCAACUUGUCUACUGCAGCCAAACGCCAAAAGAAAUACUACGAUCUGCGCAGACGAUCAUGGAAACCACUUAUCGGCGAGAAGGUACUCAAAAGAGAUCAACAGCUCUCUUCCGCAGUAAACAGCUUCGCACAGAAGCUAAAGCAGUUGCCAACCGAAUACUAAGCUCAUGCAGCUGCUGGCGAGCUUACGGACUCCAGCUCCGAGCCACUUAUUACUAUUGUAACGCAACAAUAGACGUGGCCAACACUAAUCCGUUUGCUCAUCUCUUUCCAGAUUCCUUCAAAAUGAAACGCGCAAUUAGCAGAAUACCACGCGCACCGGGCAGCCGUACCAAGCGCCAACCACAGCCACCAGAUGAGCCCACCAAGCCACGACCUUUCCAACCACCACCGGAAGCACGACCUCGUGAACGCACGACUGCAACCGGGGUGCAUCAAUUACACACAAUUAGCGUAGAUGCCACCGGGCCAGCUGUUCGAACUCGCCCGAGGUCAUCCAAGCAGGCACAGGAGCCCAGCGCCGGCAACCCGCAACCGCGGCUGGUCAUAACAGCUACAAAGUUGGAAGCAUUGCCCCGACAAACGCCACUCAGCACGAACGCGCUGGAAAUGCCAACUACGGGAAGAGUCCCAGCGGCAUGCGAAACAAAUAACGAAGCAUGUGCUACGACAGGGCUGCGAGCCGCCCAAACUUCGACGUUACUCGUAGUCCAACCAAAUGCAGCGAGUGCUGUCACGGCCAAAGCUAGUACCAGUAGGCAACCCGUACUUGAGGCACAAGAGGCACCAGCAACAGCAGCGACUACGGAGGCAAACACAGGCAUAAAUGACGAUGGGGCGCCUGCUAAAACAACUGCCACGACGCAACGACGACACAACAACCAAUUCUCGAGACCAGCGCACGAACAGCCCCGCCCAGCACAUCGCAGCGAGAGGUAACACCAGCGGGUGAAAUUCCAGGGUUCUUGGAGGGGCUGACCAUGACCCGACAGCAUUUCAUCAGGCGCUCAAGGAUGACGCUAUUCUUCCGGGGCCGGCGUUUAGCCCUGAAGAAGUUGGAGGGCGACCGCGUAUUGGUGCGAUACGGCACAGAGAGUUGCGUGGUACAUUUGUACGAUUGAUGCUAACUGUGUCACACAAUACUUUGAAAUAUAAAACACGUUGUACCAUAGGUUAAGAAGUUGUUAAAAAUUAUUGUUAAUCAUAAUCAUAAGAUAUAAGACACGUUGUACCAUAGGUUAAGAAGUUGUUGUAAAAUAAAGAUCUCCACACCCGCUUUCAGCCCACGGCACACAUGCCAACCAGGACAGCCAGCCAGCCUCCAGCCAGACCAUCGUGGGUGGUCGACACCACUCCGU